UCUUGCAUUCCCAUAAAAAUACUGAUGACCAAAAAAAAUAUGGUGUCAGAGCUGACACUGACAGAUAAAUUAGUUAUAUAUCAUGUCAUCUGUAACUUGUAAGGAAAAUUUUCGGUAAACAUGGUAAAAGGUGAUGAGUUGAUCUGACAAUACUUUAAACACAAAAAAUGGCAGGAGAUGGGUCUUUCUCACCAGUGUCUGUGAGACCAUCACAUAGACCAUGCAGAGAGCAUUAUCUAAAUGAUGAAGAAGACAAACUUGAAGGUCAUGAUGGACCAAAAUUGGUUCGACAAAUGGUGAUUGGUUUCUCAUGUGCUGCUUUAUUUGGUUUAGUUAUGUUAGUGAUAGGAAGUGUGUUUAUUGGUGAUGCUGUCAAAUCUGGAUACGCCAUAACUAUUAUGUUAUGUGUAAUGGGCAUUGUAUGUGGUCUUAUCAUAUUAGUCACUGCUAUAAUAUUGGGAAAAUUAUUUAUCUCAAGAAAAUGGAGAAUAUCUAGAGGACGUCCAAGACGCCCACCUCAGCAGUGUAUGCAGACUUGUUCAGUGAUCCACACUCCUUCCAAUGAUCAGCUGAAUACAUGUACACGACCUGAUCCACCGCCAGCUUACGAGUCAAUUAUGAUGGCAGAAAUAGGAACUGAAGAUGGACCAAUAAUUAUGACAGCUCCACCUAAUUAUCAUGAUAUUUCUGCACCACUACCAAAAUAUGGAGAAUCUAUUUGAUAUUUAUAUGACUGGGCAUUAUAAAAGUUCUUCCUGUUCUUGUUUCCAGACAAAGUGUAUUCUAUAUUUUAUCAAUUGCUUUAAUGUUGUACCUGAAAUAUGGACUACUUAAUGUUACAGAAUCAUAUAAAUAUUGUUUAUUCAGUGUUUACUUUCUAUCAAGUAUUGAAUGGAGAUUGUAAGUUUUACAUGUUAUAAAUACAAGUGAUGUAGCAAGUACAUUUUGCAUUAGCAGAGAUGUUGUUUUCAAAUGUGUUAUGUGAACUUAUGUCACAUGCUUUCUUAGCUCUUAAAAUUUACACAAUCUCCUUUGUAUUGAAAUAGUCUGCACCAAAAUCUUUUUAACUACUAGUCCAAAGACCAAUAUACCAACAUUUUUCUUGUGUGUUUGAACAUAGUUUUGCAAAUACUUAUUAGUCCGAAUAAAAUUUUACAAGUUUGUGGCAUUGGACCAGUGGCUAGCAGUGCAGAAAGUAGAAGCACAUCUAAAAUCAACAAAUGAACACCAGAUGACAAUUGAGUUUUCAUGGUAACCUUUAACAUUUAUAUUUUUUGUGCAAAACAUAAUUGAUCUUCCUUUUGUGAUUUAGAUAGGGAAGAAUAAUGUAUUUAAUUUAUUGUUAAGUUGUUCUGGAUGCUAUUUGUGGUACAUUUUUAAAAUACUGAUUUAGAAAGAAAUUUAAAUGAAAUGUCUUAUAUUAGUGUUAUAGAAGUUUUUAUUCAUUAUUGAUUUAUUUGCAGAUAUGUACCACAUUUUUGUUUUGUACAGUCUCAAUCCAGGAAAUAAUAUAUUUCAGGCAUGAUAUAUAAGAUCUGUAUGUUGUAAAUAGUUUAUAUCAUAUUUCUAUAUUCAAUGUUUGUGAGUACCAAUGGUUAGCCAAAGAGCUCAUGUUUCUGUAUGAGAAAGGCAGAUUACUGGAGCUUGGUGCAAAAUUACUCAUGUGUAUAGUCAAAGAUCUUGUGUGUCUAUAAAAAAGGCAGAUUCCUGGAGCUUUAUGUAAAUGAAUUCAUGUGCAUGUAUUAGAAAGGCAGAUUUCUGGAGAUUGCAGCUUUAAAUGACUUUUUUUUUUUUACAAUAUUUGACUUUAAGUGGUUGUGUUGUUGAAUGCUGCACAGUUUUAUGAAUAGCAUGUUUAUUUAUUUUAAUCUAAUUUAGCAUUUACGUCAUCACCAUGACUACCUUCACUUGAUAAAUGAUUACAAUUUCAAUAUCAUAGGAAAUAUCCUGAGAUAAAUAUGAACUGUCUAUGCAUUUGUUACUUGGUUACUAAUUUUCUUUGAAUGAGGACAAAUUGGUUUUUUUUUUUAAUGGAUACUUGAUUUUAUCAUUUUGACAAAUUCUGCAUACAAGACUUCAGGUGUUUUGUGAUCUGUUAAAAUCUGGAAUUCCUGGUUCAGAUAUACCCAUAAAUUCACAAAAGUUAGUACCCAACCAAUAAUGAUUUAAUUCAUAUAAUGCUAUUUAUAUACAACUAACUCAUCACAGAUACGAGGACUCAAAUUUUGUAGAAAAGACCCAUCAGUGAAGCUCGAAUCAAAAAAGCUUAAAAGGUCAAAUAAAGAACAAAGUUGCAGAGCAUUAAGGACCCAAAAUUCCUUAAAAUUUUGCUACCUACGGCUAAUUUCUAUUCCUGGGGUAGAAAAUUCUUAAUGUAUAGAAACUUUUUUUCAAGUUUUGUAAACAGUAAAUUUAUAAGUAUGACCAUAUCAAUGAUAAUUCAUGUCAACACUGAAGUGUUGACUACUGGACUGGUGAUACCCUCGGGGAGUAAAUCUCCACCAGCAGUGGCAUCAACUCAGUGUUGCAAUAGUUGUAGAUAGUAAAUGUGUGUAUUAUUGUAAAAUGUCUAAUUUAGAGCACAAUCAUUCUUAAUGACUUAUUGAAUUGGUAAAAGCAGUUUUUAAAAGUCUGAAUAUUUUUUUAUCUUAUUAGAGAAAAUAAAUCAAAUGUCAUUUGUGUUUUUUUGUUGUGUGUGGGUUGCUGGCUUAUUGACCAACCUACAUAUUGUUUUAUUCACAUGUAUUUACUUCUAAUUACCCUUGUAAAGACUGAUUUACAACAUUUCUACAAAGAAAUAUUUUCCUAUCUUGACUUGUGAUAUAAUUUUUGUUGAUGCUUGUUCUUUCAUGAUAUAUAAUUAUAUACUUGUAUUAUGUCAAAUCUAAGCCUGAUUUUUUUGUCAUCAGAUCUAAUUUUGUUAUAAAGUUGUGAUACUUUUGUUAUUGGUUUUAUAUAUUAGUGUAUUCAAGAGGAUUUUAUUUACAAUAAAGUGAACAACUCAAAUUUGUUAUUUUUA